AUGAAGCCUUUCAUAACAGGACAUGAGGACUUGGUGCAUGACGUGGUGUACGACUUCUACGGGAGACACGUCGCAACGUGCUCUUCGGACCAGCACAUCAAAGUUUUCAGGUUGGACCGCGAGACCAACGAGUGGCAGCUGAGCGACUCGUGGAAAGCGCACGACAGCUCCGUGGUGGGGCUGGACUGGGCCAGUCCAGAGUACGGCAGAAUCAUAGCGUCUGUGUCGUACGACAAGCUGGUGAACCUGUGGGAAGAAGAGCCCGAUGCCGAGGAGUGCUCUGGCCGGCGCUGGACGAAGCUGUGCACAUUGAAUGACGCGACGGGCCCGCUGUUCAGCGUGAAGUUCGCGCCGGGCCACCUGGGCCUGAAGCUGGGCGCGAUUGGCAACGACGGCACUCUGAGGAUAUACGAGGCGAUGGAGCCGUCCGACCUGAGGUCGUGGACGCUGACGUCGGAGGUCAAGGUGCUGCCAUCGCCGCCGGCGUCGCACCUGCAGUCGGACUUCUGUCUGACGUGGUGCCCGUCGCGGUUCUCGCCCGAAAAGCUGCUGGUGUGCGCACUGGACCAGGCGCUCAUAUACCAGAAGGACAAGGCGGGCAAGCCCUACGUGGCCGCGAAGCUGGAGGGUCACACGGCGCUGAUUCGGAGCGUGAGCUGGGCGCCGUCGGUGGGGCGGUGGUACCAGCUGAUCGCGACGGCGUGCAAGGACGGCAAGGUGCGCAUAUUCAAGCUCACGGAGACGCUCGGGGCCAGCGAGGACGCGAUGAGCGUGGACCAGGACGAGGACGCGGACGCGGACGCCGGCUCGGCGGACACGUCGGCGGACACGCCGCCGGAGCUGAAGGUGGAGCUCGUGAGCGAGAGUGACGACCACCACGGCGAGGUGUGGUCCGUGUCGUGGAACCUGACGGGUACGAUUUUGAGCUCCGCGGGCGACGACGGCAAGGUGCGGCUGUGGAAGGCCUCGUACUCGAACGAGUUCAAGUGCAUGUCUGUGAUCAGCGCGGAGCAGAAGUAG